AGCGCUUUAGCAGCGGCGGCGGCAGGGACGCUUUCUAUCCCAGCAGCGCCUGGGCAGUUCCGGCUCUGCUUCUCGGGGGUUGAGCGAGCGUCGGGCGGGAGGCGGAGAACUGGCUGGAAUCGAUGGCUCAGGGCAAGCAGAAAUUCAAGGCGCGCAAAACGGCCGCUGCGGGGAAGAAGGCGGCGGCGGCUGCCCGCGGACUUCGCAAAGGAGGUCGUGUCAUUGCGCCCAAGAAAACACGUGUGAUCCAGCAACAGAAAGUGAAAAAGAAUCUGGAGGUUACCAUCCGUAAGAAGAUUGAGCAUGAGGUGGUAAUGAAGGCCAGUACUAAGUUACCCAAGAAACUUAGUUUGUUGAAGACCCCCAAAGUGGAAACAAAGAAAGAUCCAGGACACUCUAGCAAGUCUUAACAAUGUUUCAUGGACUGAGAUUGGUGAUUGUGGCCUGCAAUGCAUUUACUUUUGACUGUGUUUGACUGAUGUGAUUUUGUUGGGUGACCAUCUAGUGUGCUCCAUGUUUCAGUUGGCAGAGAGUUUUCUUCUACAUAAGAAUCCAUCUGAUUAGUUCCUUGCCUGAUACUGGAUUGUGGGUUUAUACAAUAGGUUUCAAACAUAACUUACUCUAGUUUCAAGUUUUCCUCCUUUGUUUUGGGGUUUAUGAUUUCAGUGAAAGUUACUUUGUUUUCAUUCUAGUAUGACCUGUGCCUGAUUUGCUACUGGCUUAAUUGUGUUAGACCAGAAAGGAGGAUCUCAUAUGAGUAUACAAUGGGGGAGCAUAAUAACUCCUGAGUUCUUGCCUGGUGAUUAUCUGUUGAUUAUCUGCUUUAGUUUAGGGCUAGGGCAGCAUGUUUCUAAUUGGCCCUUGGUCGUGUGGCACUAGGAAGAAUGAUGUUCACAUCAAAGAAAGGCCACUAGAUUCCAUUUCCCUGCUGGAAAUAAAACUCAGGUCGAUAUGAUCCAAAUUUUGCAAAAGAGAGGUUUAGGUUCAUUCAGUUUGUCUUACAGGUAUUUAGAAUUGACAUAGGGGCUAUUAUAGAACCAUAAAAUUUAAUGUGUUUACAUCAGACAUGGAUUCGCAUCUCUGUGUUCAGUUUUGAACAUAGGAGCAGAAAUGGAAAUCUUGAACUUAUUGUUCUCAAUUUUGGGAACGUCAUCCUUUCUGGAAAGUAGUUUGGCAAUCAUUUCUCUUCUCUCUGCUUUUACCUGUUGCCUUCUGAUCACUAUAACAUAUGCGUGAUGCUUUUCUGCUUGCUGAUUCUUGUCCUAUUUAUCUCAUCCCACAUCUGCUUAUUAUAGUUGAACCCUCCUGCCCCCACAAAUUGCAUAGAUGGCUAUAAUAAACUACAGCAAGGUCAAAAUGAUGACGUGUGCACUGGCAUCAUCCUGCAGUUGCCCACA